AUGUCGCAGACGAACUGGGAGGCUGACAAGAUGCUCGAUGUUUACAUAUACGACUAUUUUAUGAAGAGAAAUUUGCAGGCAACUGCAAAGGCCUUCCAAUCAGAAGGGAAGGUUUCUUCAGAUCCAGUUGCAAUUGAUGCACCUGGUGGAUUUCUUUUUGAGUGGUGGUCAGUUUUUUGGGAUAUAUUCAUAGCAAGAACAAACGAGAAGCAUUCAGAUGUUGCAGCGUCAUAUAUUGAGACGCAGCUCAUGAAAGCCCGGGACCAACAGCAGCAGUUACCUCAACAGCGGCAGCAGCAACCACAGCAUAUACAAAUGCAACAAAUGUUGUUACAAAGAGCCGCACAACAGCAGCAGCAGCAACAUCAGCAGCAGCAGCACCAACAUCAGCAGCAGCAGCAGCAGCAGCAGCAGCAACAGCAGCAGCAGCAACAGCAGCAGCAGCAGCGUAGAGAUGAUUCUUAUCUUCUUAAUGGUACUUCAAGUGGACUUUCUGGAAACAAUCCUUUAAUGCGACAAAACCAAAGUACUGCAAAUGUUAUGGCGACCAAAAUGUAUGAGGAGAGGUUAAAGUUGCCUUCCCAGAGAGACUCGUUGGAAGACGCAUCUAUGAAGUUGCAGCAAAGGUAUGGAGAAAAUGCUGGGCAACUACUUGAUCCAAAUGAAACAUCACUGAAAGCAGCUGCAAGUGGACAAUCCUCAGGGCAAAUUUUGCAUGGUUCCAUUGGUGGUUUGUCGGGCACUAUGCAACAAAUUCAGGGUAGAAGUCCCCAACUUCCAGGGCAUGCUCAGAGUAUCAAGACAGAGAUAAAUCCCAUUUUGACACCUAGAGCUGCUGGUCCUGAGGGGUCAUUCAUGGGUCAACAAGGAUCUAAUCAAGCUGCCAAUAAUUUGACUCUCAAAGGAUGGCCACUCACACAGGGACUUGAGCAACUUCGGUCUGGAAUUCUACAGCAGAAGUCAUUCAUGCAGAAUCAACAUCAAUUGCAACAACAGAUCCAAUUUCUGACUCCACAACAACAGCAGCAGCUUGCCUUGCAGGCGCAGCAAAAUAUGGCAUCCCCAACAUCUAGUGAUGUUGACAGCAGAAGAUUGAGGAUGAUGUUUAACAACAGAAAUGUAGUUCUUGGGCGGGAUGGGCAGACAACAAGCGGUGGAGAUAUCAUCCCAAAUAUUGGCUCUCCUAGUCAAAGUGGUGGUGAUAUAGACAUGCUAAUAAAGAAGAAAAUUGCUAAUGCACACCACCACCAGCAGCAACAGCAACAACUAUUACAACAACAAAGCAAUAGCCAACAGCAGCACCAUCAGGCUGUCUCCAGUCAGCAGUCUCAAAGCUCAAAUCAGCUUCUCCAACAAGAAAAGCCAGGAACUGGAAAUAUGCCUGUUGAUGGGGGCAUGCCGAAUUCUUUUGGGGCCACUGAUCAAUUAACGAAGAAAAGAAAGAAGCCUGGCUCUUCCUCGGGUAGAGCUAAUAGUUCAGGAACUGGAAAUACUGCUGGCCCAUCUCCAGGUUCUGCACCCUCGACACCUUCCACUCAUACACCAGGAGAUCCGAUGCCAGUACCACAACUUCAGCAGAAUGGUGUUUCAGCAAAACCCUUGGUAAUGUUUGGCUCUGAUGGCACUGGAAGCUUGACAUCUACCGCGAACCCACUGGGUGAUGUGGACCGUUUGCUGGAAGAAGGAUUGGAUGAAAAUGUUGAAUCUUUUCUGUCACAGGAUGACAUGGAUCCCAGGGAUACCUUGGGACGCUGCAUGGAUGCCAGUAAAGGGUUUGGCUUUGCUGAGGUUGCAAAAGCACGUGCAAGUGCAAGUAAAGUUGUUUGUUGCCACUUCUCAUCCGAUGGCAAAUUGCUUGCUACUGGUGGUCAUGAUAAAAAGGUUCUUUUAUGGUGUACAGAUCCCCUGAAGCCUAAAUCCUCGUUAGAAGAGCAUUCGUUUCUGAUAACUGAUGUUCGAUUUAGCCCAAGCAUGCCCCGCCUUGCUACAUCUUCCUUUGACAAAACCGUACGGGUUUGGGAUGCUGACAAUACUGACUAUUCGCUCCGUACUUUCACGGGUCAUUCAGCAUCUGUGAUGUCACUUGAUUUUCAUCCAAAUAAAGAAGAUAUUAUUUGCUCCUGUGAUAGUGAUGGGGAAGUCCGCAGUUGGAGCAUUAACAAUGGUAGCUGCCUGACCUGUGUCAAGGUUUUUAAGUUAUCUUCGCAGGGAGGUGCCACUCAGAUGAGAUUUCAACCCCGCAAAGGAAAAUAUCUAGCAGCUGCAUCAGAGAAGGCUAUCUACAUACUUGAUGGGGAGACACAGCAUGCUUGUAGAAGCCCUUUACAGGGUCAUGCAAAGGACAUUCAGUCAGUUUGUUGGGACUCUGCGGGUGACUAUCUCGCUUCUGUUAGUGAAGAUGCUGUCAGAAUAUGGUCAUUUACUUCUGGGCAGGAUGGUGAAUUUGUGAAUGAGUUGAACUGCAGUGGGAACAAGUUUCAAACAUGUGUUUUCCAUCCAGCUCACCCUUCUUUGCUCGUCAUUGGUUGUUACGAGUCCUUGGAACUUUGGGACAUCAGGGAGAAGAAUGCCAUGACCUUUAACAAUGCUCAUGACGGUUUAAUUGCAGCCCUAGCAGCAUCGAGCGCAACAGGCAAGGUUGCCUCAGUUAGUCAUGACAGGCUUGUCAAGCUCUGGAAAUGA